AUGGGGGGGAGGGACCGACACAUAAAAGGGGAAAAAGCCAUAUACUCACACAACACAAAUCACAAAUUCACCAUCUCGCUCAUCUUCAUUCUUUACGCCACGAACCUAACGCCGACAGCAACAUUUGCUCCCAUCAUUUUCUCUCCAAUCGUCGACGGCGAUCUUCAUUUAACCUCGUCGGUCGUUGUUUUUCCACACUGCAGUGUUGGAGCAGAGAUGGUUAUUCCUCCACCAGUGAAGCCCGAAAGAUUGACGAAAUUUCUCAAACCUUAUGUCCUGAAAAUGCACUUCACAAAUAAGUACGUGAGUGCUCAAGUAAUCCACACGCCAACUGCAACGGUGGCCUCUGCUGCAAGCACUCAAGAGAAGGCCCUGAGGUUGAGCAUGGAGAAGGCAAAAGAAAAUACCCGUGAUGUUGCAGCUGCUGCAAAAAUUGGCAAGAUACUUGGGGAGCGACUAAUGCUUCAGAGCAUACCUGCGGUUUCAGUUGCAUUGAAGAGAGAACAAAAGUAUCACGGUAAGGUGAAGGCAGUGAUUGAUUCUUUAAGGGAGGCAGGGGUCAAUUUUUUAUGA